AUGAUUGAUGGUAAUUUCCAGUUUUCCCCCAGUGACUUCACGAACAUGGAAGAUCCCUAUCAAGUGCUCGGGGUUACAUCCAAUGCCACUGCGGAAGAAAUCCGUUCCGCCUACUAUGAACAAUCAAAGCGAGUUCACCCGGAUCGAUCGAAUGCAGAAAACUCCAAUAGAGCCAGUUCAGAAGCGUUUCUUAGACUUUCGGAUGCUUACUCACUGCUGUCGAAUCCAAGUUCGCGACGGAUGUAUGAUCAAUAUGUAGCUUCGCAACGCAAUGGAGUUUGGUCCAGAAUGAAUGCAAGUCAUUUCAGUUUCUCCGCUAUAUGGUUCGCCAAAAAUCCACAAAGCCCAGGUUCCCUUUCGUCCUAUCCUAUCGAUGACUAA